CAUAUGAGAAUAAUCAAAAUCUAUCAAACUUGACACGAAAACAGCCGUUUUUUUUAGUAAAGUGUAGCAAAACUACUUAGUUUUCUUUUGCAUUAAUAUAAAGAAAAAUUGGAAAAGAAAGUUUGCUCGUAAACGGAAGCCUAUGACCAGACACGCCAGAAACUGUACAGCUGGUGCUGUAUAUACUUAUAAUGAGAAGAAAAAGGACGCUAAUGAGUCGGGAUAUGGCACUAAUGCUCAACGUUUAGGUAAAGAUUCCGUAAAGCCUUUCGAUUGUUGCUGUUUGACUUUACAACCUUGUCGUAAUCCUGUUAUAUCCCGAGAUGGUUACUUAUUUGAUAAGGAGGCUAUUUUAAAAUAUAUAAUAACCAAGAAGAACGAAUACAGUCGUAAAUUAAAGGAAUACGAAAAAUUAAAGAAAGCCUUCGAAACUAAACAGACGCAAGAAAUUGAACGCCAGCAGCGCAUAGAUAUGGAAAAAUUUGUUAAAGCUGGCAAACCUGUGAACGGUGCCGUACAGAAACAUUUAGGUGUUCAAGCGACGACCAGUAAAGAUGCCGAUUCCAUUUCUAAUAUGGCAAAUGGUAAUGAAAAGAAAUUGCCCAGUUUUUGGUUACCGUCAGAGUCCCCUAAUGCAGGGAACAUGAAAUUAGAAAAGCCAGAUUCGACGAUCUUUUGUCCAGUGUCCGGCAAACCUUUAAAAGUAAAAGAUUUAAUAAACGUUAAGUUCACAUUAUUAAAAGACGGAGAUACCAGCACAUCGUUAAUAGCAAAGGAAGUGAGAUAUAUGUGUCCUGUGACACAUGAUGUAUUAAGUAAUGCAGUACCUUGUGCAGUUUUACGAACGACAGGUGACGUAGUAACCAUGGAAUGCGUGGAAAAGUUAAUUAAAAAGGAUAUGAUACACCCUUUAAAUAACGAAAAGCUCAAGGAUAAAGACAUCAUACCGUUGCAAAGAGGUGGUACGGGUUAUGCGUUAACCAACGCAGGCCUAGAGGCUAAGGAAAAACGUCCCAUGUUGCAAGCUUGAAUUAAAAAUAAUUUCUUAUUUAUCAAUGUAAUAAAAACAUAUUAUUAAU